AAGUGAAACUCAGCAGCUUCUUCCAACCCUGAUCGGACAGAGCCACCCGCAAUCCCCCCAGCCCGCACUCUCCGCCUCAUUCUCCCUCUCGGGGAAGGUCAGAGACCAAACGAAGCCCCCUGCUCACAGAGCCUCGGCCAGCCUCUGGGAGAGGUCCCUGCCCGCUGGUAGUCAGCCUCCGCCCCGUGCACGGCAGCCCCUGGAGGUGCUGACUCCCGCAGCGGGGAGCAAUUGUGGGAAUGCCCCAGCCACGGCUCACGCUAGGGGGCCCAUGUGCUUGCAGAGGCAGAAUGGCUGGCAGAUUCUGGCUGGCAGCCAGCACCCUGGCCAUGAUCCUGGGCAUGGCAGUCCCUCAGGAGAACGUGUGUCGAGCACUAAAUGGCAAAGAUGGCUACCCGGGAGUACCGGGCCUCAAUGGGAGGCCAGGGCAGAAAGGCGACAGGGGCGAGCCAGGGUUGCCGGGAAGGAGAUCGGGGAUCCAGGGACCCAAAGGUGAUGAAGGGGAGCCUGGGUCUCCCGGCAUGCCUGGGAACCAGGGCUACAGGGGGCCAAAUGGUUCCCCCGGGCUCCCAGGGCAGCCGGGGAGGAAGGGAGCCAAAGGCAAGGCUGGCAAUAUCAAGGACCAGCCCCGACCCGCCUUCUCGGCCUCCAGGAAGAACCCCCCGACCCACGGGAACGUGGUGGUCUUUGACAAUCUCAUCACUGACCAGGACAGCACCUACAGCACCCAGACGGGCCAGUUCACCUGCCGGGUGCCCGGCGUCUACUACUUUGCCUUCCAGGUGAUCUCCAGCGGGAACCUCUGCCUCAGCCUCGCCCUCAAUGGGGAAAAGAAGUUGGGCUUCUGCGACAGCAACAGCCGCGGCGUCCUGCAGGUGAACUCAGGCAGCGGUGUGCUCAGGCUGGCCCCGAACGACCGGGUCUGGCUGGAGAGCGACCCCCGCCAAGGCAACAGGGUGUACGACGGCACCGAGGCCAACAGUGUCUUCAGCGGCUUCCUGCUCUUCCCUGAGACCCAAACCGGUGCCUCGUCCAGGGGCCGGCGCUCCUGGAACAUGCUGGACAGACAGGUGAAUGGCUCGACCUCGAAAAAGACUUUUGCUGAUGCAGCUACACUGCACACUGCCCCUGGUCCUGCUGCUGACCCUGGCACCCCCGGUCUGGUCCUUCCUGCCCUGCCCCUUGGCGGCCAGGCCCCUGACGAGGUGGGGAGCACUGGCGCGGCAUUCAGUGCUGCCCGGCACUGUGGAAAACGCUUGCUCAGAAGAAAUGUCCAGGACAGGGAUGUGAAACUUGGCCAGGGCCCCAGCGAGGGGGCUGGUCUUUCCAAGAGGCCUGUCCUGGACUCCUUCAGCCACCAACUUCCUCCUGGCUGGUGUUGCAGCCAGAGCUCUGACAAGCCAGCCAGCAACCCCACCACAGCAGAGCCCUCCAGAGAGCGCAGGAGCCAGCGCCCUGCCCCAGAGAGGACAAUGAUAGUCAAGAACGUCUGGGAACCAGUGGGCCUGGGCCUAGCCCUUCUCCUCCUGGCGCUGGAGACCACCGUGACAGGCAACGCUUCCCACAGCUGCUAUGGUACCCCUGGGCUGCCUGGCACACCUGGCAUGCCUGGCAAGGAUGGCAGAGAUGGGCUGAAAGGAGUCAAAGGCGAACCAGGCAUCCCGGCCAUUCCUGGAACCCGAGGGCCCAAGGGGAAGAAAGGAGAACCUGGCAUCCCUGGCCUGCAAGGAAAAACUGGUCCCAUGGGUCCCUCUGGCAUCCGGGGAGAGCCGGGUGAGCAAGGCCAGCCUGGAGGGCCCGGCAUGGCUGGCAAUUACAAGCAGAAGCACCAGUCAGCCUUCUCAGUAGUGAGACAGACCGGGCAGCACCCAGACAAGAACGCCCCGGUGGUGUUCAACCACGCCAUCACCAACCCCACCCAGGACUACAACACCACCUCGGGCAAGUUCACGUGCCGCGUGCCCGGCCUCUACUACUUCGUCUUCCACACCUCCCAGAUCGCCAACCUCUGUGUCAACAUGUACAAGAACCGGCAGAAGGUGGCCAGCUUCUGCGACCACAUGUCCAACAGCAAGCAGGUCAGCUCCGGAGGCCUGCUGCUGCGCAUGGACACCGGGCACCAGCUCUGGCUGGCAGUCAACGAUUACAAUGGCAUGGUGGGCAUCGCUGGCUCUGACAGCGUCUUUUCCGGCUUCCUGGUCUUCCCAGUGGAGGCGAACCUGCAGCACUUCCACACUGAGAAGCCAGACAGAGGGCCAGAGCCAACAAUAAAAAAGGGAUGUGGCCAGUUCCUCUCCUUGCCCAGCCUUUGUCUUCUCACGCAAACUUCUGCUUUCCCUGCGCAGGGUCACUGCCAAGCUGGACUGAGACGCACCCGGCCUCAUCCCUGCUCGCUGCUGCAGGACGCUGCGAGCGCUGGUGCCGACAUGAUGCUGUGGGCCAUGCUGCUCUGCCUGUCCGUGGUCCCCCUGGCCAGGGCCGAUAGCUGCAAGGGCUACGCCGCCAUCCCGGGCAUUCCGGGCGCACCAGGACAGCCAGGCUCCAAUGGCAAAGAUGGAGUGGAUGGCCCGAAGGGAGAGAGAGGUGCCCCGGGGCAGGUGGACGAUGAAAUGGAGCUGGGGGAGAAAGGAGAGCCGGGGAGCCCUGGACACCCCGGGAAAGUUGGCCCCAAAGGCCCCGUCGGCUCCAAGGGCUCUCCGGGCCCCAUGGGUCCUCCUGGGCCAAUGGGUGAAUCUGGGGACUUCAAGACCACCCUCAAAUCUGCAUUCUCAGCUGCCAGGACCAUUAGCAUGCUGCCACGUCGGGAGCAGCCCAUCCGCUUCGACCGCAUCAUCACCAACGAGAACGGGCACUACGAGAACAGGUACGGGCGGUUCACCUGCCGGAUCCCGGGCCUCUACUACUUCACCUACCACGUCACCUCCCGGGGCAACCUGUGCAUCAACAUCAAGAAGGGCCAGGGCACCAAGGGGGAGAAGGUGGUGACCUUCUGCGACUAUGUGCACAACACCUACCAGGUCACCACUGGGGGGGUGGUGCUGCGGCUGCAGGCAGGCGAGUCGGUGUGGCUGGAGCCCACCGAGAAGAAUUCCCUGGUGGGGAUUGAAGGGGCUGACAGCAUCUUCUCCGGAUUCCUGCUCUUCCCCGACGCCUAGCCGCCUGUGGACAGCGCCCCAGCACUCACUCUCCGACGUGCUCCCCGCAUGUCACUCCCGAGCGCAACGCGCUGGCACAAGCUUCCACGCUACAGCCCGUUGAUACAUGAAGUGCUUUCCCCAGCAGCAGCGCCGGCUACCGCUCAGGGCACAGGCCCGUGGCACUUCCCCCGCGCAGAGCUGCCUUCUCUCGGUACUGCCCGUCCCACCCCUGGUGCAGCACCAGCUUCAGCCCUACCCAGCACGCAGCCCCCUGGCAGAGAACCCACAACAAGGGAGGCCUGGCCCCAGGAGACCCAUCCCUGAAUCCCUGGCAAGCGCCUGCGGAUCCCAGGCCCCAGCCCAUAGCGUUCACAUAGCUUCUGCUUGCCGCGGGAGGGAGACACAACCCCUUUAAAAUGAGCAAAGCACCAGCCCCCUCAGCACAGCUAAGAGUGAUGGUUGGCCCAGGGAAUCACAGCCAAGUGGGGGUUCCUGUCACAGCAGUGGGGAUUCCCCAGCAUUAAUUCUAUAGCCAAGGCUUCUCAUGCUGGAGAAUCAUGGCAGCCCAGCCCUGAUAGACAAAUAUUUGGGUGCAGUGGAAGUGCCCACCAUCCUCCCCCAGGGGGAUGCCCAGCUGUGAACCACUGUGGCCUGCUCACUGCAGCACCCAUGCUGUGGGGCCGAUGGGGUCAGGCCAAAGGGCCCCGCCCCAGCCCCAGCUCCCGGGAGAUGAUCCAUCAGGAGCAAUCUGAGAUCUGCACUCCCCUUUCCAACCCAGCUGGAGCUGCUGGACUAGCCAGAGCCUGACACCCUGCGGCUGCCCUGCUCCGGCCUGUAGCAGGGAGGAGACCUCCAGUGAGGACACCUGCAUCCUAGCCAGCCCCACUGCCUUCUCCACUCCAGUGGCUGCUUGCUAUCCAUUGGGGCUAGUGCUCGCCAGGCCUGAGCAUGCUCGUACACAUUCAGGCCCUAAGCCAGGCCCCACAGAGCAGAGACAGCCAAUAAACUUGAUUUCUGCUAUUGA